AUGUCUCUCCUACCUACCGUUCGCCGACUUGUCACCGGCCACAAUGCUCAAGGCGAAGCUAUCUUUGACUCAGAUACCCAACUCGCUCCGUACAACCCCACCACGCCUGGCCCCGAACCAGCCAAAGAGGGAGAGAUGGGCUUCACUACCAUCUUUCGCACCACUGGUAUCCCUGACGACAACACCAGCCCAUGGGCUGAUAUGCAUAACAAGAUUGUCAAUCUGGUUGAGAAGGACAGCGCGACGAUACGAAUUGUCGACUUUGCGCCCGGACAUCCCGGCUUGAUGCAUCGAACCAUUAGCGUGGACUUUGGUAUUGUGCUGAAUGGUGAGAUAGAGCUGGAGCUUGACAAUGGCGUUACCAAGGUUAUGAAGCAGCAUGAUGUCGUGGUGCAGAGAGGUACCAUCCAUUCGUGGAAUAACAAGGGCUCGGAAAACGUGCGAAUGUUGUUCGUCCUUCUCCCAGCAAACCCGGUUAAGGUGGGAGAUAAGGAAUUGCUUGAUACUCCUCUGCCUAGCAAUUUUCCUAAGGACACUAGCAAGAAUUAA